GUUCCCAUUAAUGUCCACAUUGUGGUAUGCCGGUGCCAUUCAUAUUCCAGGCAGGCGCACAUUUGUGUAUCUUCGAGAAGCGAUUCAAUCAUGUUUAUGGUCAAAUGAUGCGGAAGCUUUGGACUCCAUCUGCAGAGUGGCAUGGACGAAGCUCACCCAACCUCGGAGCCGAGGGUGGCUUGGGUUUGUUGGAACCAAGAGUACAGCUGAUGGCAUUGCAGAUAAGACACUUGCUGUGGUUCCUGCUGAAUACUGCAGGGGAGCAAUGGCACCAGGUUACUUCACAGCAUUUGGCGUACACGCUCAGGACACGGCCUGAGAUGGUUGAGUUGUGCCUCAUUAGCAGCAAGCUCAUCGGCCAUGUCAGGUGGGAGGUGGUAUCUGCAUCCAAGUGCCCCCUAAGGUUCGAGGAAUUCUGCCACCUGGUGCACCGAUAUUUCAAGGAAAGAGUGAGGCAUCUUGCAUGUCAGCAAAGGGAGAGUCUGAACCGCAUUGCCCGGCAAGCUCUGGCACAACCCCUCUCGCCAUCAGAGGCGAAAGCCACCCAGAAGCGGAUGAAGUGGUUUGCUCGUGCUUUCGAAGACAUAGACAUCCGGCUGGGUAGACUUCAUGUAAUGGACAAGUUAGUUGCUUCUCAAAAAGCUGCCAAAGCUGAGAGUAGUAAUACAAGGCAGAGGCCAAGAGCCGAGGGGGCAUCGCAUGCAGGGAUGCCUGGAAACCAUCAUGGCGAACAGAGCACAAGUGUGUAUGAUCUCCUUGCGGAGUCGGAUGCACGCCACUUCCUUAGGAAUCAAGUUUAUGAGCACGUAUGCCUGCGCCAUACCCAUCACUUCAUACGAAGAAUCCCUUGGCUGCAACUUGCUUACAGGCCAAUUCUGUACAAGCAGGCCAUGGAUAUCGUGCGCAUAGGAGCGGAGGAAGACCUGAAGUAUCUGUUGAUAAAGGCACCUCUUGGGGGAAGUGUUGCACUGGAUGCGAAGUUGAGGGAUUGGUUGGGGGGUAUUCCUUCCGUGCGCCAUCUGCGGGGGAUCUGGGAGAAGAAGAUGGAGGCAGCAUCCAGUAGGUUUCAGUCGCCAAAGGGCAAGGACUUGUCGUCUGGGCGUCUUCCUACGUCUGUGCCCUACUUGAUGGGAUAUGGCAAAGAAAUGAAUGAGCAGUUGAAGGAGCUGAGGUCAUUUUUUGGACUGACACAAGGUCCAGGAUCGCAGGACAAGGACCUAGAGGGGCCAGGGGUGGCAUUCUCCAUGAAGGUGAAGGGCGAAUUUGACACCAUCCUUAUGAAACUGAUGGAUAGCAAGAGAAUGAAACCUUAUCCGGUCGCAUGCCUCAACAAGAGCAGGCUACAGAGAGCACAAUUCCGGGAGUUGUUGGAUUCCACAACAAGGAGGGCCUUUUUCUUGGCUUUGGAGAUUGAGAAGGGAGAGAUGCCAAAGGAAACCGGGGAGUCAAUGACCACUACGGUAGAUGGAAAGGAGGAUGAAGAAAAGAAAGGGAGUAGUUGGGCGUUUGAGCAUGGCGAGGAUCAGAGGUCAAAGACCACAGACGGGAUCUCAGAGUAUUACAUACCGGAUGAGGGGGUUGGUUUUCCAACUGACGUAUCAUUUUGGGGAGGGCGAGAUUUCUUCCGCGAAGCGUGGAUGCACUCCGAUAUCCACAGUUCAGACGAAGUUCUCAAAGUCGAGAUGGGGUUCCUUGAAGUCAAGCUAGCCAAAGAGGUGAGAGGAGGAUGGAACAAAGGGAAAAAGGGAUAAAGAAAAAGAAAAGAGAGAGGAAAAGGUUAAAACAAAGAGGUGGGAGGAGC